AUGUUAUAUUUAACACUAGUGUUGCUGUUCAAUUACGUGGAUUCAUACCAUACUGUAAAUAAUAAUUGUUACAACUGCAAUAAACAUAAGAUUUUGAACAAUAAUUACGCUCUCAAUGCUAGUAGGCCUUGGAAUUAUGAACCGCAAGAUCUACCAUCAUUGCUUUUAGAUAAGAGAAUCAUUUUCAUUGGAGAGCCUAUCACAUCUAACUCCACGGAAUCUAUAAUAAAUCAGUUGUUGUACUUAGACAACAAGUCCAAGCACCAACCUAUAUCAAUAUACAUCAAUUCAGGGCAAAUAGGCCAAAGAUUUGAUAGGGAAGAUGUAUCAAUAGCAUAUCCUGAGACAUUGGCGCUUUCCAUAUAUGAUGUUAUACAAUUCAUCCAACCCUCAAUAACGACAAUUAAUUUGGGAAAGGCCUUCGGAACUGGAGCUUUGAUACUUUCAGUUGGUGACAAAGGCAAAAGAUUCGUUUUACCACAUUCUCAAUGCAUGUUGGUACAGCCUUCAUGCUUGGUGACAACAAGACAAGCAGCAGACGUUGCUAUUGUAGCUAGAGAAGUCUUGAAAACGAGAGAAACAAUUGUAAAUUUGAUUGCUAAUCGCACGGGAAAAUCGCCAGAAACAGUAGCGGCUGACGUUCAGAGAAAUAAGUUCUUUAACGCACAGGAAACCAUUGAUUAUGGUCUUGCUGACAAUAUCUUAACCAAAGAAUGCAAAGAUCAAUCCUUGAAACAUUUACAAGAAUCGCAAUAA